AUGUGGUCUGCGGUGGGUGCGUGUCCGCGCAGCCGGCACCGCUUGCGGCGCAGGGCCAUUUCGACUGUGCGUGUGAUGCUGCUUGCUCUGUUGGCGCUGGUUGCGGCGGCGGCGUGGAUGCCCGCGGUGCAUGCGGUGCCGUUGCGACUGCGGGGCGGCACGGUGGACAGAGCCAUCACGGUGGGCCGCGCCGUGGACACGGUGCUGAUGGACGGCGUGUGCGUCACGAACGGCGUGGCUGUGGUGUUCGACGUUGCGGCGAUGCUUCCCGGCGCGCUGCGCAUCGAACUGAGGAACUGCGUGUGCGACGGCGGUGCGCAGAUCUACGUGCGGGGCUACAGCGGCGAGCCGGCGAGUGACCGGAGCCUGGAGGUGAGCGUGAGCGGGCUGUCGGGGAGCUACUGCUCGCUUGUGUUUGUGCACAACCUGCCGGCACGCACGAACGUGACGGUCCGUGACUCGACGAUUGUGACGGCGGGACCGAUGCGCUACUCGCAGCUGAGCGGGCUGACGGACGCGGUGGCGUCGCCGCUUGUGCUGCACGCGACGUCGCUGUUGCAGACGCAGCUGCGUGUGAGCAACACCGUGCUGAGGUCGUCGCAGGCGGGCGGGACGGCGAUGUACGUUGGCGGCGGCGUGGACCUGCUGUCGAGUGCGGUGGUGCUUGACGGCGUAUCGCUGGAGGCGUCGGGCGGUCUGACCGCGUCCGCGAUGCAUGUGUCAUCCUCGUCGCGUCUCAGUCUGCGUAACCACUCGGUGUUCUCCGUGACGAACGUGUCGGUUGUGAGCAGCGGCGGCGGCAUUGUGCUUGGCAAUCGCCUCGCGGUGUCGGACUCGGUGCUGCGCUUCGUGGGCGUCGAGGGGUCUGCUGCGUCGUCGCUGGUGCGAUGCGACGGUGGGACGGUCGGUGCCGGCGGGUGGCUGGAGCUGCACGACGUGUGGGCGGUGGGCGAGGCGUCGUCUGUGGCGUCGCUGUCGGAGCUGACGCUGAGCGGCGGCGCCGUGUCUAUUGCUCGCUGCGCUGCCACCGGCGCGACGCUUGCCGCCGGACCGACGAUCACGAGCGGCGCUGUGUCCGUGCAGUGCAACCGUGCGGGCGGCCGGGUGCUGCAGAGCAGCGGCGACUACCGCUUGGCCGGCCUGCCCUCCGUGAGCGUGGUGCCGUGCGACGGAUGUGCGGCAGCGCUGGCGUGCUUCGAUGCGCUGACGGCGUCGUUCACCGACUGCGUGUGCAGCUGCCGCGCCGGCGGUGUGGGCGACGCGUGCCUGCCGUUCGACGUGCCGCCUGCGAGGGCCGGCGGUGGUGGCGGUGGGCAGGACUGCGUGAGUGGCGUGACGCUGACGGAGUCCGUGACGGUUGGCGGCGGGCAGGCGACGGCGUGCUUCGACUCGGUGGUGUUCAGCGGACCGAUCACUGUGGUGGUGGACCUGCGCUCGAUGGAUGCGUUCGCUGACGCGCUGAACGUGACGCUGCGCCACUGCGUGCUUGCGGGCGGCGCGCAGCUGCGGAUUGGCGGCCUCAGCGAGAGCACGGCGCGCCUGAUGCCCCACGCCCUAGUCAACAUGACGAAUGUGACGUCGCUGGAGGGCACGAUUGUGCUGCAUGGCGCGAUGCCGCUGAACUCGAGUGUGCUGCUGGCGAACUCAACGCUGCGCGCGACGGUUGGCGGGUCGCAGUACGUGCCGACGACCCCUGGCCACGAGGGAUCCCGGUACGGCCCCGCGCUUGUCCUGGACGGUGUCCGUCUUCUGUCGACACGGUUUGUCAUGACGCGGUCGACUCUGGUGUGUGGCGGGGGUUCGUGCGCUGCAAUCCUUGUGGAGCGCGGCCUCGGUGUGAACCUGUCCAGCGUCUUCUACAUGGACAACUGCGCCGUCAAUUCGCAGACGCACGUGAUGUACGCCCUUGCGUCGGACCUGCGUGUUAGUGGUGGCUCCGUGUUCUCCAUACAGAACAGCUUGUGGAGUGCGCCGAGCACCGAGUACUACAAAGGCGCGUUUGUGUUUGGGGACGUUGCGGUGGAUGGCGGCAGCGUGCUGCAGAUUGUGUCCAGCACGUUCCGUCUCGGCUUCGCCAUGCUCAUGGCAACCACGCUGACUGUGACUGGCGGCAGCUGGCUGGUGCACCGCGACAACGCGUUCCGCACUGCCUACGUUUUGUACGUGGCUAGAUACGACGGCGUGGCGUUCCGCGAUCGGAGUGUGUGGUCGAUACUUUACAACGACUUUGGGUACGGCUCCUAUUCGUCGAUCACUGCAUACAUGACAAGCUUUUGGCUUGUACGAUACGAUGCACGCCCGAUCAUCUACGGCACGUGCAACGAGAUAAAGGGGUCUCCCGUGAAGAAUUACAGAAGUGAGCUCAAUAUUGUGGCGCCCGUGACGGUGUUGGACUGUGGAAAUUGCACCGUGGACGCCGUGUGCUUUGCAGCGAGGACGAGCAGCGUCAGCGGCUGUGGGUGUGUGUGCGCUGCUGGCGGCCACGGUGACACGUGUCUGCCAGCUGCCGUUCCGGACGGCCUUGGACCGUUCCCGCUCCCCGAUGCGAACGAUACGGAGGUCCGCUGCGUGCACGGUGGCAGCAUCAGCUCCGUGGACUAUCCUGAUCCCGGUGUGCGUGGCCUGUGCUUUGUCAACGUGACCUUCACCGCCGCGAUUGUGCUGGACCUGUGGAGCUUCGACGCGCCAGGAAAGACACUCAACAUCACGCUACUGCAGUGCGUCCUCAUGGGCUUGUCGAUCAAGGGGAGUGGUGCGCGCGUGCACGUGAGCGUGACAUCCUCGAUGCUGGAUUCUGGUGCAUUGGAGUUUGAGGAUGAUUUUGGCGCGAGCUCCCAGAUACUGGUGGCAGGCAGUAAGCUCUUGUCAACGUCGAGCCAUGCCAUUCAAUUUCCAAGGUUUACUUUGGGUGCGAACUCGACGCUGCUCCUGCUCGACAACAACAUGGAGGGGGAGAGUUACGCAGUUUAUUUCCCCGUUGCUGUUGUUGUUGAUGGUAGUGGGAUCAUUAUUAAGGGAAAUAUGCUGAAGUCAAUAAAGAGGGGUUACAGCUCGGAGUCUGCCGUUUAUUAUAACGAUGUUGAUUUGAAGAACGGCGGCUAUAUUGACGUCGAGAACAACACGAUUAGCGCAGCCAUCGGCAUCUUUUUUCUCGGGUAUAUUACUGUGAGCUCCGCGGGGCUGCUGAGGGUGGCGGACUGCACCUUCACUGGCAGCACGGAGGCAUUCAAUUCUGCUCUGGUGCAGUUGUACGGCUCGGUCAUUCUUCAGGGUGGUGCGCAGUGGCGUGUGGAGGGCAACAACGUGAGCGCAUCCUCAGUAUUGAGUAUGCCGUUUUCCUGGUACAGUAUUGAACUAUCGGGCAGCGGCACCACCGUGUCGCUUGCACACAACCGUCAGGCGGACUCGAGUAAAGCCUUUGCGAAAAUUACUUCAUCGGGUUUGAUUGUGACGUCACCCGCGCAGUUUGUGGUGGGGUGCAACAUGAAGGACGGUGUGUGCGUGUGCGCGUGCGGCAGCGGCGGGUACGGCGAGGCGUGCGUGCCUGUGGGAGCUCCCGCACUGCCGCCCGCUGCGGGCACCGCGUCGAGUGUGUUCGUCCGCGAGAACUUGACGGUGCGGUCGGUGUUCGUUGUGCCUGCCGGUGCGAGCGAGGUGACGCUGCGCCACGUUGUGCUGGACGGCGUGAGUCCUGUGCUGUACGUGCCGUGGAUGGCGCGAGACGGCGUGCGGAUCGUUGUGCAGAACGUGUCGCUGCGUAACGGCGCCGUGCUGUACGUGAUGGGCGGUGGAGCGUUGCGCGGUGCGGUGGCUGCGGGAAGCAACGAGAGCGGACCGGUGGAGCUCUCCGUGUGCGAUGUGGAGGCGCUGAACGGUGCGCUUGUGCUGACCGGCACGUAUCCCGCGGGGUCCGCGUUGACGGUGACGGACACCCUGCUGGUUUCCGCGAGGCCGACGCCGCUUGUGUAUCUUUCCGGCUCGCAGUCCUCGCCGUACGCACCGGUGCUGGUGCUGUCGGGUCUGCGGCUUGUGCGGUCCGUGCUGGUUGUGUCCGGCGUGGCCCUCGUGACGGUGAUGACUGGUGGGCGGACGGUGGUGGUGGACGGCGCGGUGCUGGAGCUCGUCGGUGGCGGUGUCGCGCUGGACGCGGCUGUGUUCGGUGGCGAAUAUGCGUUGUACGCGAGUGCGCGCGUGGUUGCGUCGGAGGGCGCUGU